AUGGAUAUAUGGUCAUGGAUAUGUGAACUUCCCAACUCGGACGAGUGGAGUGAGUCAAACUCACCUCAAACUUUCCUACUUGCAGCUUCCAAACCUACCCUACUCAAGAACAAUUCAGUGCAAACUAUUGAACUCAGAGCAGAGCGAAAAUUUGGAUCUGAGUCGGAAUCGUUCCUCACUUUCUCUAUACGCUUUCUCGAGUCUAACUCUUCUAGUGCAGGAGAGAUAGUCAUCUGGGCUUCUGAUAUUUGUCCCUUGGCUUCAGACAAGCCAUUCUUGCCUCUAAUACUCCAACUCCUUCAAGAGAUCGUAUCCCGUUCCCCCACCGCACAUGAUAGCACUUGCCCUCGUUCACAGCUCCGAAAGCUAAAACCCGAGCCAGUUUCAUGGAUUCUAGACUCUCACUCACCGGAAUCUUUCUCGAAUUUCUUCAACUUCAUCUUCCUUGCCCACCUUUUCUGGCUAUGUGCAUGCGAUGCACCAUCAGAGGUUGGCUCCCUGUAUUUCCAUUCAUUGCUUGCUCCAAACCUCGAAACUUUCUCACGUAAAGCCGGUCCUGUUCUUCGUAAUUUCUUCGUUACUGUAGGAACCGACGUGGAAAUUUGCUUCAUGCGUACUUUUGGAUACAUAGCAGCAAAAUGGUUGGUUUCAAGUGAUUUUGAGGUUGGAUUACAGUCUUUGGCCCCAUUGCCAUCUCAUAAUCUUGGAUUUUCAUAUGCCAUGGAGUCUCAUGGGCUCUGGAUUCUGAAAGGCUACUCUCCGGUGAAAUCCAUGCAGUUGCAAUGCAGUAAAAAUGGACGUAAAAAUCAGUUCCCAGCUAUUAUUGAAGCCAAAGAAUCUGUGCUGAAGUAUGCACUAGCACACCAGCAGCUUGAGGCUGUGAUUCAAUUGGAAUAUACAGUCGGAUUCAGCGACGGAUUUAUCCAAGUGAAGGCACGUGUCGACAACCUGCGCUUUCAUGUGGUGAAACUAGGAUUUAAGAAAAAUGAUCAGGAUGGUGAUUGGAUGGAAGAGAAGUAUUUUCCAUCAAGAGUCCGGGUUUGGGUUGGGCCAGAAGUGGGUGCAAGCUAUGUGGGCGGGCUAAGCUUGGGCCGGUCAACUGACAAAAUGGAAAGAGACGUGGAAAUGCAAAAGAGUUUGAAGGGUACUUACGGAAAAUCAAAAGUUCCAACGGUGAAGACGAUGGCAACUAUGGCAUCAAGGACAAAAAUGAGAAAUUGGAGGUGGGACCAAGAUGUGGAAGGAAAUGCAGCUACAUUUGAUGCAAUUUUAUGCGACAACACCACGGGAGUCGAAAUUGCCUCGUGGAAGCCAUCGAAUGGUGGUGGCGUUCAAUUUCGAAAACGUUACACCGGAGGCAGCCGGGCGUUCACUAAAACUGGUGGUUUGAUUUUCUCGGGCGAGGAAUAUAAGGAGGGUGUUGGGUGGAGAUUGAACAAGGAGAUGGAGGGCAGCGUGUUGAAAUGGAGACUAGGAGCACAAGUAUGGCUGACCUACUUGCCUAAUGACAUAAAUAGUUCAUAUUAUGAGACGCGGUGUAUUGAGUGGUGCGACGAGGUUGAUUUGCCCUUGAUACCUAGCAAAUGCUAG